UCUCUGAUAUCUCGAAUUUCAUUUCUAAUUUGGAUAAUUUUAACUUCAAUCACCUUAUCCACUUCCAAAAAUGGAAUCUUUUUCAACUUUUUAUGAAGACUACUUCUCCAGCUCCGAGAGUAGUACUUGCCGGCGGUCCAUAUUUUCCGACAAGGAGCUUAUGUUAGCGGCGAGCAAUCCCAAGAAGAGGGCCGGUAGGAAGAAGUUUAAGGAGACAAGGCACCCUGUUUACAGAGGCGUCAGGAGGAGGAACUCCGGCAAGUGGGUCUGUGAAGUGAGAGAGCCUAAUAAAAAGUCAAGGAUCUGGCUUGGCACUUUUCCGACGGCGGAGAUGGCGGCUCGGGCUCACGAUGUCGCUGCCAUGAAGCUUCGAGGUCGCUCUGCUUGUCUCAAUUUUGCCGAUUCUGCGUGGCGGCUGCCGGAGCCGGCAUCUGCUGACGCCAGGGAUAUUCAGAAGGCGGCGGCGGAGGCGGCGGAGGCAUUCCGGCCUGCAGAAUCAGAUGGGUCUUCUGUUGAUGACUCAAGGACGGAAAAUAUGAUGACGGCGGAGACGACGCCAGAAAACGUGUUGUACGUGGAUGAUGAUGCAAUUUUUGGGCUGCCGGGAUUGUUGGAGGAUAUGGCUGCAGGGAUGAUGUUGCCUCCACCUCAGCAUUUUCGUGAUGACAUGGAUUUUUAUUCUGACGUGUCAUUAUGGAGCUACUAAUAUACAUAGUACUAAAUUCUCUGUAGCUUUUAAUGGUGUUACAUUCAAUUUAUGUACAUAGAGACUAGAAAGAAAAAGAGUGUUUUUUUGGAAUUGAAAUAGUAAGAAGCACAUAAUGUGCGGUUGACUGUUGCCCCUAAUAGCAUUAUUACAUUCAAUGAGUACUUUCCCCCACUUACUUUGGUUGCUA